AUGGAGUUGGGAAGUAUACUCAACUUCCUUCAGGACAAGACCAUCUUAGUCACUGGAGCCACUGGUUUUCUUGCCAAAAUUUUGUUGGAAAAGAUAUUGAGGGUUCAACCAAAUGUUAAGAAGCUUUAUCUUCUUUUAAGAGCUGCAGAUGCCAAAUCUGCUACUCAUCGCUUGCACAAUGAGAUCAUAUGCAAGGACUUGUUUAGAUUGCUAAAGGAGAAAUUGGGCUCAAAUUUUAACUCCUUUGUCUGGGAAAAGUGUACUCUGGUGCCAGGGGACAUUUCUCGUGAAGAUUUGGGAUUGGAGGAUUCCAUUCUAAAGGAAGAAAUUUACAAUCAAACAGAUGUUAUUGUUAAUUUAGCUGCAACUACUAAUUUUGACGAAAGGUAUGAUAUAUCGUUGGGCCUAAAUACCUUUGGAGUUAAGCAUGUCAUCAACUUUGCCAAAAAAUGUACUAAACUCGAGGUUCUUGUGCAUGUAUCAACAGCUUAUGUAUGUGGUGAGGGAGAAGGACUCGUAUUAGAGAACCCAUAUCACUUGGGCGAUUCACUAAAUGGAGUGGUUGGAUUAGACAUCGAUGCAGAAGAAAAUGUGGUGCGCGACAAAUUGGCUGAGCUGCGACAGCAUGGAGCCACGGAGUACGAAAUUAAAGUAGUCAUGAAGGACUUGGGUAUUAGCAGGGCAAAGUUGUAUGGAUGGCCAAAUACAUAUGUAUUCACAAAGGCAAUGGGAGAGAUGCUUGUGGAGCAACUGAAAGGAAACAUGUCCGUUGUUAUUGUUCGUCCUACCAUUGUUACCAGUACAUUCAAAGAACCUUUCCCUGGUUGGGCUGAAGGUGUAAGGACCAUUGACAGUUUAGCUCUUGCUUAUGGGAAAGGAAAAUUAACAUGCUUCCUUGGAGAUCUCAAGGCAGCUGUUGAUGUGAUACCAGCUGACAUGGUUGUGAAUGCAAUACUAGUGACCAUGGUGGCUCAUGCAAAUCGUCCUAGUGAUAUUAUAUAUCAUGUUGGUUCCUCUGUUAGAAAACCACUCAGAUAUAUCAAUGUUCAAGACUAUGGCUUUAGAUAUUUCACUGCAAAACCAUGGAUAAACAAGGAUGGAAAACCCGUUAAGGUUGGCAAAGUUACAGUAUUGAGCAACAUGGAUAGCUUCCGGAGAUAUAUGUUCAUCCGCUACAUACUUAUGUUAAAGGGACUUGAGCUGGCCAACACAGCAUUUUGCCAGUUUUUCCAGGGAACGUAUCUUGAUCUCAAUAGGAAGAUCCAGAUUGUGAUGCGUUUGGUAGACCUUUACAAGCCUUAUUUGUUCUUCAAGGGCGUAUUUGAUGAUAUGAACUCAGAGAAGUUACGUGUGGCAGCAAGACAAGGUGGGGUGGAGACAGAUUUGUUUUACUUUGACCCCAAAGUGAUCGAUUGGGAAGAUUACUUUUUGAACACCCAUCUCCCUGGCAUUGUGAAAUACAUUUUCAAGUGA